AGCGUUUGCCCUCGACAUGGGGACGGUACCCGGAGAAGAAGCAAAGACGUCUUGCUUCAAAACUGGUCACAGGCUGUUGGGGUCUAAGGGGUUGCACGCCCGGCGAGGGGCGGAGCCUGCCGUUCCCGCCUAGAGCGUGGCCCCGCCCCUCCGACGCGCUUUCGGCAUUAUCCCCGCCCCCGACGGUCCCGCGAGGUUCUCCGGUGCCUAGCUCCUAGCCUCUGCGCUGGGCCGCAGGGAGAGGUUCCGGACCCCGGGCGUGGGCGGGGGGCUGGUGUUGCCACCACUGGCCUGCCCACUCCAGCCCCCUCGGCAUCGCCUCUGGAGCUUCAGCUGCCGCAUGCUGUGCAGAUAAGAAUCCCAAGAAACGCAGAUGGCAUCUGGGGAUUUCUGCUCACCUGGAGAAGGGAUGGAACUACUCCAACAAGUGUGCAGCAAACAGCUUCCUCCUUGUCACCUGAGGGAAGAGGACCUGUUACAGAACCCACACUUCAGCAAACUACUUCUGAGUCUCUCUCAACACAUGGACGAGUGUGGCUUAAGCCUCAUCCUGGCAAAGGAGCAGACUCAGGCAUGGAAGGAAGUUCGACUGCACAAGACAAAAUGGUUGAGGUUUGAGAUUUUGCAUAGAGUCAUUCAAGAGCUGCUUGUCGACUACUAUGUAAAAAUACAAGACACAAAUUUAACUUCUGAGGACAAAAAGUUUCAUGAGACCCUUGAACAGCGACUGCUUGUGACUGAGCUGACACAGCUCUUGGGCCCCAGACAAGAGACAGAGGUGCCUUCACUGCUAGGGCUGGAGAAAUCGGACCUUCUGGAGCUCAUGCCACCCUCAGAGGAUUGUGUGUGGAUGAGAGCCCGGCUUGCACUGGAAGUGGAGGAGCUGCUCAAGAAGAAAUGUUUCACUCUGCUCUGCUACCACAAUCCCGAUUCAGAUUCAGACGGUGAAACCCGGAAGGCUGAAAAGGUGGGGAAGCUUGCAGAGGUCCUGAUGGAUGAGAAGCAGCAGUGCCAGGAUGCCAAGAGCCAGCAGAAGGAGCAGAUGGUGCUACUGGAGAAGAAGAGUGCCACCUACUCCCAGGUGCUUCUCCGCUGCCUGGCAUUGCUGCAGAGGCUACUUCAGGAACACCGGCUGAAGGCUCAGUCAGAGCUGGACCGCAGCAAUGCCCAGUACCUGGAGAUCAAGUGCAGCACCCUGAUCCUGAAGCUGCGGAUAGAAGAGCUAAAGAUUUUGUCUGACACUUACACUGCUGAGAAGGUGGAAGUUCAUCGUCUCAUUAGGGACCGUUUGGAGGGGGCCAUUCACCUACAAGAGCAGGACAUGGAGAAGUCCCGACAGGUCCUGAACACCUAUGAGGUCCUUGGAGAGGAGUUUGAUAGGCUGGUGAAAGAGUACACCCAACUCAAGCAGGCAACUGAGAACAAGCGCUGGGCCCUCCAGGAGUUCGACAAGGCCUACCGCUGAGCAUCGUUGGGGUCAGGAGGCCCAGCUUCUGCUUAGGGGCUGCCGCCUCCUCUCCGGUAAGAAGACCACCUCUACUUGAGGCCACCUUUACUCAAGGGAGUGUGAGGACACUUGCUCGAAACACUAGUCCUUUUGGGACCACCGGGUUUUUCUUCCUUUUUUACAAUGACUGAGUCUCUUCUGGAAAAUGUAACAGAUUUGUAUAAUUUUAUGUACAGCUAUUUGUAAGUGUCAGCCCUGUAUCAUAUUUGAUUAUCUCCUGAAUAAAGUGAUGAUAUGGUGUCUA